AUGGCGUCGAUGAAGGACAGCGACACCGGUCUGUGGCUCCAUAAUAAACUAGGAUCAACAGACGAGCUUUGGGCGCCUUCUAGUAUUGCUUCACUCCUCACCGUUUCAGUUAUCGACAAUAUACGGUUGUGUUUUUCGAGUUUGUCGCCUCCAGUUAAGCUAAAACUAUUGCUAGGGAUGCUGCAUCUUCCCAGGCGGACUGUUGACGAGAUGAAGGAGGCCCUGUCCGAGAUCAUCCAGCUGGCCACGGUGGACUCUGAGCCCUGGGUACUGAUGGUGGCAGACAUCCUAAAGUCCUUCCCUGAGACGGGCUCCCUCAACCUGGACCUGGAGGAGCAGAACCCCAAUGUACAGGACAUCCUGGGGGAGCUCCGGGAGAAAGUGAGUGAGUGUGAGGCGUCAGCCAUGCUCCCUCUGGAGUGCCAGUACCUGAACAAGAGCGCCCUGACCACGCUGGUGGGCCCACUCACGCCCCCCGUCAAACACUUCCAGCUGAAGAGGAAGCCCAAGAGUGCCACGCUCAGGGCAGAGCUGCUGCAGAAAUCCACAGAGACGGCUCAACAGCUGAAGAAGACAGCGGGAGUGCCUUUCCACGCCAAAGGAAGAGGCCUGGUCAAGAAGAUGGACACCACCACACCCCUGAAGGGGAUCCCCAAAGCCCCGUUCCGCAGCCCCACCACCCCCAGCAUGUUCAGCCCCCCCAGCAACCGCACACCCAUCGCCCCUGCACGGACACCCCUGCGCAAGGAGAGGGGGGUCAAGUUGUUAGACAUCUCAGAGCUGGAUAUGGUGGGAGCUGGUAGAGAGGCAAAGAGGAGAAGAAAGACUUUGGAAACAGAGGCUGGGGAGAAAGCUGCUAAAGAGGAGGCUGUGGUGGAGAACGCUACACCAGACUAUGCUGCUGGACUGGUAUCUACACAGAAACUGGGUGCGUUGAACAACGAGAGUGCUCUGCCGUCUACGAGCUACCUGCCGUCUACCCCCAGUAUGGUCCCCUCCUCCUCCUACAUUCCCAGUUCAGAGACACAGCCAGCGAACGCAGGUGGUUUGGGACGUGACGCCCUGCAGUCGGGUCGCCAGCCUGAGGAGUCGGCCACGCCCGGCGCUGCCGCCACCACCACCCUCCCGGGCCAGUUCAAACAGAGGACGCCCAUGUACAACGCCAGCAACACUGCCACCAGCCCCACCGCUCCCGCCUCGCCCAGCACGCCAGCCAGCACCCCUGCCAGCAGCAACGGCCCCCCGGCUGCCGCCACCGCCACACAGCCCGAGACCCCCACCACACAGCCCCCGACGCCCACGCCCCAGCAGCCCCAGCCCAAGAAGAACCUCUCGCUCACGAGAACCCGUGUCCGGAGCAGGGGGACAUUAUCCAGAUAAAGCUGAGUGAACACACAGAGAUCCUGCCCAAGGCAGAUGGCACGGGCAGCACCACCAUGCUGGUGGACACAGUGUUUGAGAUGAACUACUCCACAGGACAGUGGACCCGCCUCAAGAAGUACAAACCAAUCACCAACGCCUCCUGAGGUGGCUGCUGGCCUGCCUGUCGGGACUAAACAUACAUGCAUACAUACAUACAUGCAUGCAUCAACACACAGACCAAAUCUUGCUCUGGUGGACAGGGACUUGUCACACACACACACUUGUGCAUACACAUGGGCCAAAUUCAGUGCGUGAGGGGCUAGGGAGGAUUGUGUGGGAGGGAUAGGGGGGUAUGGCUCACUCUUUCAAAGUUCCUGCAUUGACAGGCAGGGGUAUCCUCAAGACUAUCUCUCUCUCUCCCCCCCCUCCCAUUGGUUUGUUUUUCUGUUUUGUUUAUAUGUCCCCUCAGAUUCCUGGAUGUUUGGUAAGGGGAGGGGUACAAAGUUGUACCUUAUUUUGAUAAGACAACUGUUAACACUUGCUUUACUAUUAAAGGUACAAGCAUGCCACACUA